GCCGUAGUUCCACCCGCUAGGGUUUUGGGGCUUUUUCCAAUUGAAAUUGAUCAAUCAUCGGCACCCCAAAUGGCUGCACUCUACAAAUUGAAGUCCCUGAGAUUUGGUUAUUCGCAGUCUUCUUGUAUAGUUGCUUCCACAACUCAACGGUUUGUCUCUGGAGAUCCCCAACCCUCACUUUUUCCUCUUCAAAAUCUGCUACUCUGCAGACAUUUCACCUCAGAAAUCCAACCCAAAUUCUCAGUUAAUUACCUCAUAAACUCAUGUGGGGUGUCACCAAAAAAUGCAAUUUCAGCAUCCAAGAGAGUGAAGCUACGAUCGCCGGAAAGAGCAGACGCCGUUCUGGCCAUUCUCAGAAACCAUGGACUCUCUGAAACCCAGAUUACAAACAUCGUUAGGAAUCGCUCAGAAGUUCUUCAAUUGGAUCCUGAGGAAACCCUUUUGCCGAAGCUUGAGUUUUUCAGGUCUAUUGGAGUUUCAAGGCAGGAUCUUGCAAUAACUCUGUCAUACAUGCCGCAGCUUUUGACCACAAGCUUGGAAAAUCGGAUUUUACCCACUUAUAAUUUCCUUAGGAGUUUGCUUUCUGAGAAAAAUGUCGCAUCUGUGUUGAAGCACGGCUCGUGGAUCUUUGUGGAAGGCCACUCCAAGAAGGUGGAGCCGAAAAUUCGGAUUUUGAGAGAAUUAGGUAUGUCCCAAUUCUGCAUUUCUCGGUUGAUAGCUUAUUAUCCAUGCACUUUAAUGCUAAAGCCUAAAGAGUUUUGUCAAGUUGUGGACGAGGUUAAGAAAAUGGGUUUUGACCUGGGAAAAGUAACUUUUCUGAUGGCAAUGCGUGCAUUGUGUGGUAAGAGUAAGGUUAGAUGCAAUCGAAAUCAAGAAGUUUAUAAGAAUUGGGGUUGGUCAGAGGAUGACGCUCUCACUGCUUUCAGGAAGAACCCGCAGUGUAUGAUUACGUCGGAGGAGAAAAUAAUGCAAGUAAUGGAUUUUUUAGUGAACAAGAUGGGAUGGUCGUCAACUACAAUUGCCAAAUACCCAAUAGUCCUUUGUUACAGUUUGGAAAAGAGAAUUAUCCCUAGGUGUUCGGUUGUUAAAGUUUUGUUGGCGAAAGGAUUGCUAAAGGAUGUCGAAAAUGUUAGUUUGUGUUCUCUGUUGAGCCCUGCGGAGAAAGGCUUCUUGGAGAGGUUUGUGGCCAGAUAUAUAGAUGAAGUACCUCAGUUAUUGAGUGUGUAUCAAGGAAAAGUUGAACUCAAGGAUGUAUGAUGUUCGUAGGUCAAAAGAAGUUGAACUCCAGGAUGUAUGAUGUUCGUAGGUCAAAAGAAGUUGAAGUCCAGCUUCUAUGAUUUUGAUAUGUUGAAGCGACAUCACCCCUGUUAGUUUUAGCCCCUGUAUGAUUGUAAGUCAGAAAAUGUGUCCUUAGAAAGUUUCAUUUGUCCAACAUGUUGCUCAAAAUUUCUUCAUUCUUCUACUCCAUAGCCUAACUGCUUUGGGUUAUACAAAUAUGUGCUUUUAUAUGAAAGACCUGCUUGAGUUGGCAUCCUCUUUGUGGUGUCAUAAAACUCUCUUGCUGUUUGUGGCUCCUGAAUUUAAUUUUCCUUGAAUAUUGUUUUGUAGAAAUGUGCAACAUACCCUGUUUAUCGGGGUUCAUACCUUGUGCAUUUUCCAGGUUAUUAGAUGUCAAUGGCUUUCACUCCCUAAAUAUAUGUAGUGCUUUUGCUUGGUGAUUGGAUUCCCCAGGGAUCAACAAACCUAACUCUGACUUGUACCAGUAGCUUUUACAUUUUGCAUGUAGUCAAAUACUAGAGAUAUAAAUACGAUGGCAUGCCCUGUAUUCCUUCACUGUAUCAUUGUGAUUUGCUUGUGUUAAGCUUAUUUGUGAAUCGUCAGACCAUAAGGAAUUAAGGAUUGAGGGUGCGAUUUCCGUAAUGCUUGUGUUAUUUAAAAAUGAAAAUGAAGCUUUCACAAAAUCUGUACUGCAGAUUCAUUAGAGUUAUAGUGCAGGUUCAUUUGGCAAUUGCCAUCUGCGUAGUUAAGUGAACCAAUUUCUAUGUGCUGUGGUCUGAUACCAAUGACAGUGCCCGUUCUACCAUAAGUACUCAAUGUGUCCGGAAAUGAUUUCUAUUGCAUAAUCAAGGGAAGGGAACAACAUCGCAACUCUUCAGACUGUUGCAUUGCACAAGGAAAUCAAGCACAGAGCGCUUGGACAGAAGGUUUCUGCAUUCGGCCUGAAGGGAGAGAUAUACUGGCGUUCAUUUCCACUCUUUAUUUUUCUUCUUUGGCCAUUUACACGACCAGGUUUGAGCUGUUCAGUUGGUGCAAUUGCAACCUGAGAAACAUAUGGAUGAUUAAACCGUCUCCAAAUUUAAUGAACUCCUUUAAUGAUGAUCUUUAGAUGAUGACGGAAAAAACAGCUCGGAUUAUAAAGUUUUGUACAAUAGAAUGAUUUUACAUCAUGAUUGAAGGAUGAACGACUCCUUAUGAUUUGUGAAAUGUCGGUGAGCAGCAUAGGAACUGAACUCCAACAUAGGCUGUUUUGUUUUGUUUUGUUUUAGGUAGUUUGUUGGAUGCUUGGACGACCCUGUUCGACCUGGCUUGUAUAUACUGGUAUCCUAAUACAUAUAUGAAGAAGACAUGUGUACGUAUAUUUGCAUAUUGGUUUCCAAGCUUAUUGAAUUUAAAGUAAUGAA